UAGUUGAUCCAGAAAGAGCUUCACCAAAGUCAAAUUCGAAAUGAAGACCAUUUUCCUGAUCUCUAGUGUUCUGAUUGUCGCUUAUGUGGUGUGUUCCAAUGGAAGAGUUGUGGAGUCGGACUUGGUUGAAAGUGCGAAAAAGUCUCAAGAUUCAGUGGACCUCGAGCCGGUGGCAUGGAAUCAGCCCCAGACGCAUUCCCGGCAGAAGCGAGCUGUUUGCGAUCUGCUGAGUGGAGUUGGACUGAUCCAUACGGUGUGUGCUACCACUUGCAUCCUAAGAGGGUUCGUUGGAGGAUUCUGUACCAGCCGGGGUAUCUGCAUCUGUCGAAACACGCCCGAGGCCUAAUGGAAUGGUGGAUUGAUCCUCAUUAAUCAAAGGUUAUUUGAUUAAUCGUUGGACCAUUAAUAAUACCGAAGAUAGAACGAUAGUCCUGAUCAGGCUGCACUCAAUACGAUAUUUGUCUCGAGUUUAGACAGAUACGAAUGAUUUAAAUUAUUCUAGAUAUAACACGGAACCGAAAUUAUACUUCUCUCUACUUUUUUGGUUUAUGAAAAUAACAAGUUUUAUUGUAGGUUAUAAUCUUUGUUAUCAAACAAAUGGACAAUAAUAUGGUUCAGAAUAAAUAAAGUGAAAAUUUUCUAAGGAAA